GAGCGCGUCCCCGGCGGUGUGCCGGGGGGUGCGGGCUGAGCUCAUCGCUGGCUCCCCGGCGCUCCUUACCAGUGGCUUCUGCGGUCACAUGGGUUAUGUGCUGGAGUUUAAAAGAGCUUAUAGCCCCCGAGCCGGUGCAGAAGCAGCCGGUGGUUGCAUGGGGUAGCGCCGGGAGCGGCGGCAAGGAAGGCGCCGAAGCCAUCUCAGCACCUUUCCCCUGUGAAGACUCGGGAGCGCAAAAGUGUCCUUCUGCGGGGACCUUCCCACCGCUACCGCCAGCUCUAGCCUUUGCUCUCCACUGCUUCCCUGCAAGCGUGAAGCCUCCAUCCUCUCCGGCUAUCGUGGCGGCCCUUCUGCUUUCCUGAGUGUGAGUCAGAGAAAAUCCCAGAUUUGAGCAGUGAGGGUCGGACAAGCAGCCAGAAGAAUCGCCCAGAGGUUUAUGAGAAGUUGGGGACACCCCAAGGACUCUGGACUGGUGGAGAGGUAAGAGAUGGCUAACCCUGUCCCGUCAGCCUGCUGCGUGGUGCUCGCCGCGGUGGUGGUGGUGUACGCCCAGAGGCACAGCCAGCAGGACAGCCACAUCCAGUACGAGCGGGUAGGUGCAGACGUGACCAUGAAGUGUGGCUCCAUGGACUGGGAUGCAGCCGUGACCUGGACAGCCAACGGCACCGACAUCGACGAGUCUCACCUGAACGGGUCCUACCUGAUCCUGAAGAAUGUUGACCUGUCGCAGAGUGGCCAGUACUCCUGCUACGAGGGCUCCUCCUGGCACCUCAAAUACCAGACCUACCUGAGGGUGGGAACCCCCCCGAAGGAGCCAGUGCUGAUGUGCCGAUCCAACAACUACCCGAAGGGUUUCUACUGCAGCUGGCACCUGCCCACUCCUACCUACAUCCCCAACUCCUUCAACAUCUCUGUCAUACACGGCACAAAAGACAUGGUAUGUGAGAAGGAUGCUGUUCCAAAAAACAGGUGUCACAUCAGAUACCUCCAGCUCUUCUCAACAGUGAAGUACAAGGUGACUCUGACAGUCACGAAUGCUCUGGGCAAAAACUUCACCACUCUCACGUUUGACGAGUUCGCCAUAGUAAAGCCAGACCCUCCAGAGAGUGUGGUGGCCAAACCUGUGCCUAAUAACCCUCGAAGACUAGAGGUGUCAUGGCAAAACCCCUCAUCGUGGCCUGACCCUGAGUCUUUCCCACUGAAGUUCUUCCUGCGGUAUCGCCCUCUCAUCUUGGACCAGUGGCAACAUGUCGAGCUGUCGGAUGGGACCUCGCACACCAUCACGGACGCUUACGCUGGCAAGGAAUACAUCAUCCAGGUGGCAGCCAAAGACAAUGACAUUGGCACGUGGAGUGACUGGAGCGUGGCUGUUCAUGCCACCCCCUGGACAGAGGAGCCUAAGCAUCUCACCACGGAAGCCCAGAUCACAGAGACAACAAGCGCUAGCACCUCCUCUUUCAUGGCACCACCCACAACUAAGAUCUGUGACAAGGGGGCUGUGGUGGGCAGUGGAGCCAUGGCAGUGUGUUGGACAGCUGGACUGGUUGUGGCUGCCUAUAGUGUCUUCUUUAUUUAAUCUCCAUCUGUCCAUCCACCACAGCCCAGCGCAGACGCCUCCCCACCGCCCGCCGCCCGCCGCCC